AUGGCAGGUGGCGAUAGUGGGGGGGAAACCAUCCAGGCAAGACGACAGCGGCUUUCAAUGGUUCCUCGGGCAUGUGAAGGAUGUAAAACGAGAAAGGUCCGCUGUGAUCGCUCAAGGCCCUGCUCGAACUGUCAUUCGGUUGGUAUUACGUGCCGAGAGACCAGCCCUAACAGCAGACCGGCGACUCGUCCAAGGUUAGACAGGGAAGCAGAGCUACAGGGACAGAUCGAACGUCUCGAAGACCGUCUUUGUGCCGUCGAACGCAGACUGCCCCGAGACAUCAGCGCAGAACACAAUUCAAACAUUCCAGAAAACCCGGGCGAAGUGUCAUCCGUGGAUAAGCAAGACUGGCCUCAUUUAACUAGUGUGCCUCCUGUGUAUGAGGGGCUUUCUUCUUUCACCAACCAGUCAAUCCGAGCAAGCAAUGUGGCCCAGAAGACUGUGGAUUCUGACGGCACCGGAGAACAAUCGGGAUUGAACGCAUCCUUGGGGCACUUGAAGAACCUCUUUCAAUUACCGAUCAUGUUUUCACCGGAUGAUUACCGCUUCUCUCGUAGACCUACGAUUCGACCUAUUCCGAAGAUGGAUCCUUUGCCGCUUGACUUGAUCAUUGCCAUAUUGCAAGAAAUAAAGGCAAGUCGUCCCAUAUUUUUAUGCUCAUAUGUUAUAAGCGACCCAUCCUUGGUUGAGCGACUCUGUCGGAGCGUGUACUUCCCGGUAGAGCCCAUUUCCUCGGGCCAUCUCGCGGCUAUGUACGGGAUACUCAAUGCCCUGUUGAAGGAAUUCAUGAUCCUGCAAAAUCCCUUAUGUCAGCGCUUCGACCUCCAGGCACAUGCAGCCCAGUGCGAGCAGAACUUCAACGCUACGAUCGAGUCGUACGAUGUCCUGGCUGUGCCUAGCUUUGAAAACAUCUUUGCGCUAACCAUGGGAUUUACAAAAGCACAAGAUGAGGCGAAACCAUUACUGUGCUACACGCUCAUCUCUACAGCAGUCAGCCAUUGCCAGAUGCUCGGAUACCAUCGUGAAGUAACACAUCGCAAUGACCGAACCGGAAACUCUGAGAAUGCACGUCGGCUGUUCUGGACAGCAUAUACAUUUGAGAAACACAUUUCCCUCCUCUUUGGUCGUGCUUCGAGCAUGCUGAACUUCGAUAUCGACACGCGAUACCCGGCUCUUUCAACUGAUCCUGCUGUUCGGCCUUGGGAUGAAUCUUUCAUGAUGGGGAUCAAGCUGGCCAGUAUGCAGGGCCAGAUUUAUGACAAACUUUACUCUACGACAGCCUUAAGGACUCCUCAUUCGGAACGCGCACAGUACGUACGGCACCUUACUACUGCCAUGGACCAAUGGCGUACUGAACUACAGAAGAUCGAUUCAAAUCAGGUGAACAGUCGUCAGAUAUUCGAUAUCACUAGAUAUAGCUGGGACAUCAUGUACUACUCAACGUUCACAUCGCUCCUGCGAGCACCAACUAUUUCCGAGGCAGAAGAAGCAGAGGUUAGCUCGCAGUGCUUUCAGGUUGCGCGCUUAGCUUUAGAGAGCCAUCUGCGCUGCUUCAGUAAAUAUCAGACGUCUGGUUUCCUGUCAGAUGCGGAUUAUGCGAAUUGGCUAGUUCCUCCUCUACCUUUAUCCGUUUCCAGUUGCAUUUGCUAA